AUGAUCUAUCUAUCUAUCUAUCUAUCUAUCUAUCUAUCUAUCUAUCUAUCUAUCAGCAAUAUAUAUAUAUAUAUAUAUGUAUAUGUAAAAUCUUGUGCGUUUCAUCUAUCUAUCUAUCUAUCUAUCUAUCUAUCUAUCUAUCUAUCUAUCUAUGCUGAUGACUUAUUCGUUCAGGGCGCUGCCAGCGAUGCAGUUUUCUCCCGAUUUACUUACCUCUACCCGCCUGUUUGGAAUUGCAUCUUCCGUUUACUUUGCUUUCAUUGCCUCUUCUAUUUAAAUUAUCUAUCUAUCUAUCUAUCUAUCUAUCUAUCUAUUUAUCUAUCUAUCUAUCUAUCUAUCUAUCUAUCUAUCUAUCUAUCUAUCUAUCUAUCUCUCUAUUUCAACCUCUCCCUGUCUCUUAUCUAUCCCAUCUAUCUAUCUAUCUAUCUAUCUAUCUAUCUAUCUAUCUAUCUAUCUAGCUGUUCCCCUCUAUCCCUAUCUAUCGAUUUCUCAUCUAUCUAUCUAUCUAUUCAUCUAUCUAUCUAUCUAUCUAUCUAUCUAUCUUUCAACCUGCUGAUAUCUAUCUAUCUAUCUAUCUCUCUAUCUAUCUGUCUCUCUCUAUCUAUCCCAGCAUUCAUCUCUCUAUUUCUAUCUCUUUCUCUCUCUGUCUCUAUCUAUCCCAGUCUAUCUAUCUAUCUAUCUAUCUAUCUAUUCCGUUCUCAUAUCUAUCUAUCUAUCUAUCUUCAUCUAUUCGUUUCGCUAUGUCUGUUUUCUCCACAUAUCGUUUACCCUCUUCUCGACAGCUCCAGUAAUCUGAAGCUUUUAAAAGCUUGUAAACAAAAACACAUACAAUAUUUUGCGCAAUGGCCAAAGCUAAAAAUCCUCCGCAUCAGUCAGAGAAAACAAGUUUAA